GUAAAUAGUAGAUAACAUUUUAAAAUAUAUAUUAUAUUUUGACUAUGAAAAAGAAAAGAUCACUCACAACAAUGAACAUUUUUUUCUUCGCCAGGUAUAUUCUGGCGUGUAUCGUGUAUGCUUUUUUUAAUUUGCGACUACUUGCAACGCGACUUAUGAGGUUCGCUCAAAGCCUAUUGUAGAGAAACAUCCCCAGCGAUAUGUUUACGUCCUUCUCCCUUGCGACGCACUUCCAACAGCGAAACUUUUCAACUUUGCGUUGUGCGGGUCAUGGAAGCUGCACUCCCGAGGUUGUUGUAUUUUUAAAGAAGGCACGCAGUUAUAUUGUCCGUGGUCGGAAACUCCGCCGAAGGAAGAAAAGCGGUACCUUCUCAACUUUUUUACGUACCAGAUUGCGAGCGUUGCAUAUAGUUCAAGUCCGUUAAAGUUUACGAUACGUGGCGAUAGGAAUAUUUAAUGAGUGGUUGUCCGAUUGGUCAACGUUCUUCUUGAAAGCUCCACCUCCUCGGAUUUUUCAACGUGCAAAAUUGUUUGGUGGUAGCAUACGUACACCUCGAGCGAACCUCGAGGGCUGUUUUCCUCAGAUCUGUUGUUUAUGGGAAACAUGGAGAUGAGUACGGUCAGUCGCGUGGUAAAAAUCGGUCUUUGCGCUUGCGGUAUCUGGCCAUAUCUACCGUCAACCGUUUUAUUUCGAUUGUUUUGGAUCGUGAUGCUGGGCACAGCUCAAUAUUUUCAAUACCAGUACAUUGCAGUACACUUUUCCACCGACAAUUUCUCUGACUUAAUGGAUGGUGUAAGCAGUUCCAUGGCGUACAGUCUGCUGUUUAUCAAACUCAGUAUUUUAUGGGCAAAUCAACGAACGUUUUCCAACAUACUGCAAAUGAUGGCCAUGGACUGGAAGAACUGUGUUUCGACUGACUGCAGUUUGCGCAUCACAACCAACAAGGCCAAACUCUCGCACCGUUUCUCAAACUGGAUCAUCGGUCUUCAACUGACUGCCAUAGUUCUGUAUAGCUGCGGCGUGCUCGCUGUUAACACCGGUGACGUUCAAAGGAUGAAUGUGUCCGCGCGGGAACACAUCUUGAAGAUGAAGCUGCCAUUCCAGAUUGACACGUCUCCCAUUUACAUGCUCGUUACAAUCCUCGAGUUUCUUCAUCUAGUGAUGUGUGGCUGUGGGAUUUCCUUAGUAAAUUCGCUCAUCGUCACUCUGAUACUGCACAUUAGUGGUCAAAUCGAUAUUCUUUGUGAUUGGCUACUAAACGUUUUUUCCAAAGAUAUGACGCAUAUCGUGGAUGAGAUAACAAUGAAGACAUUGAUAAUAAAGCAUCAACAAAUUAUCAUGUUUUCGGAAAACAUCGAGAACCUUUACACAUACAUCACGUUGAUACUGUUCGUGUCAGAUACCCUCAUUAUAUGCUGUCUAGGAUUCAUUAUCGUCACCUCAAUCGGUACACCUGACGGACCAGCAAUCUUAGUGAGGUCCGUAUUAUUUUACGUUGUGAUAAAUCUCGAAGCAUUUAUAUAUUGUUUCGCGGGUGAAUAUUUGACCGCCAAGAGCCAAAUGAUCGGAAACGCGGCUUACGAUUCUCUCUGGUACGACAUUUGUACGAUAAAAAAAAGUCGAAUUAUACUGUUCAUAAUACUAAGAUCGCAAAGACGAUUAACUAUUACAAUCGGCAAAAUUAUGGAUCUCUCUUUGGAACGAUUUACUUCCGUUGUGAAGGCAUCGGCAUCAUAUAUUUCUGUCCUAUUAGCGAUGUACUGAAUAUUAAGUUGAAUCUCGAUAAUUCAUUACAGUUUUAUGAUAGGCAAUAACAUAGAAUAUCAGUAUAUACCUAUAAUCAUAAAACGAGUAAUAAAAUAAUCUCAGCAGUAACAAUAUUAAAAGAAUUAUUAUUAUUAUUAUUAUUAUUUUAUAUA